UCCUUCUCCUCCGGCCGCCUCCUCCUCCUCAUGGCGGGGCUGGAGCUGCUGUCGGAGCAGGGCUACCGCGUGGACGGGCGGCGCGCCGGGGAGCUGCGCCAGAUCCGCGCCCGGCUGGGCGUCUUCGCGCAGGCCGACGGCUCCGCCUACCUGGAGCAGGGCAACACCAAGGCGCUGGCCGUGGUCUACGGGCCCCACGAGAUGCGCGGCUCCCGCGGCAAAGCGCUGCCCGACCAGGCGCUGCUCAACUGCCAGUUCAGCCUGGCCACCUUCAGCACCGGCGAGCGCAAGCGGCGGCCCCACGGCGACCGGCAGGCGGGCGAGAUGAGCCUGCAGCUCAAGCAGACCUUCGACGCCGCCAUCCUCACGCAGCUCUACCCGCGAUCCCAGAUCGACAUCUACGUGCAGAUCCUGCAGGCGGACGGCGGCAACUACUGCGCCUCGGUGAACGCGGCCACCCUGGCGGUCAUUGACGCCGGCAUCCCCAUGCGGGACUACGUCUGCGCCAUCUCGGCCGGCUUCCUGGAGGACACGCCCCUGGCCGACCUGAACUACGUGGAGGAGGCGGCCGGCGGCCCCCAGAUGGCCCUGGCGCUGAUGCCCAAGUCAGAGCAGAUUGCGCUGCUGGAGAUGAACGCCCGGCUGCACGAGGACCACCUGGAGCGCAUCAUGGAAGCCGCCAGCAAGGCCUGCAAGGACGUCUACGCCGUGCUGGACCAAGUGGUGCGGGAGCAUCUGCGUGAGGUCACCGCUCUGCUGGGCAAGUGAGCCCCCUCCCGGCUGCACUGGGGGUGGGGGGCACAGAGCGGCGGAAGACGCCUCCUCCUCCUCUGCCAUUUGCUCAGGUGGGGCCAGCUGGAUGCGACCAAGAAUCUCCCCCUUCCUCCCUG